AUGCACGCAAGUGAGGUGGCGAGCACCUGGCACGGGCCGCGCCUGCCCCUCAUGCCGCGUCCGUGUUCAGGGACACGAGAGCGGAGGGCAAAAUCUGACAUACAUGCGCCGUCGCGGCAGCGGCGCACGCUUCUGGAGUGCAUGCCGCGGCGCACCGUGUUCCGCACGCUGUCGUACCUGUCCAUGCACGAUGUGAUCCAGUUGCUUUGCGCAGACAAGCGCCUGCGUCCUUUCGCAUAUGCACCGAGCUUUGCUCCGUGGCGGAAACGCUACCUAAAGCUGCGCUACGCAGAAUCGUUGUACGAGCAGGCCCUGCGUCACAUACCGACGGAUGACGACGCGUGCGUCGCGUCCGAUGAAGCCCUUGUGAGCGCGUACGACGAGGCUCUCACGGCCAUGCAGCUGCACAGUGCACCUAUCCACCUGAGUGAGGCGGUCUGUGCCAUACAGCUGUGUGCGUCUGAGACUUUGCCGUCGCCCCAGCAGGUCCAGCGCUUUCUCGUGCCGUGGAUCCUGGGGCGGGUUAGCGCGGAUGAGGCAUUAGCCCUCUUCGACCAUGCACAGGCUGUCGAGCUGCUCUACUUCCUGCGCGUCUUUCUCGCGCUAGUGCGCCUCUCACGCCUGAGUCAGCCGUCGUCGUCGACCAGCACGCAGUACCACCAAAUGUUCCAUGUGCUGGACGCCGACUGUGCCGAGGCAUUGGAUGCGUUCUUCGCGCCACCGGUCGAGACGCCAUGCGCAAAGCAGCUCACAGCAGAGCAGGCACGCUUUGUCGACUUUCAGGUGCGCCGCUCUGACCUUCUGUGUGUUCAAGCCUAUGCUGGGACCGGAAAGACACGCUCACUGCUGGCGUACGCAGAGCGGCGACCGCACCAGCGGUUCCUCUACAUCACGUUCAAUGCGGCCGCAGCGCGGGACGCGCGGCAGCGGUUUCCCCCCAAUGUCGACUGUCGCACGAUGCACUCGGUGGCGCUGCAGCAUGUGACGCUUGCGGACGGGCAAGCGGUCGGUCCGCUUCGGCCCCGCGACGUGGCGCGGUGGCUGCCACAGCUGCCGGUCGGCAAGUCGACGAAGGCCCCGGCGCAUGGACGCAACAGCACGCUUGCGCCCACGACCGUGGCGCUCUACGUGCUGCGCACGCUGGACCGUUUCAUGCAAUCCAUGGACCCACAUGUGCGGGCCGAGGUGCACACGCCAUGGAGCAUGACGCAAUCGACGGAUCUGUCACCGAAUGCUGUCGCGGAGGCGGCGCAGGCGUUGUGGGACAUGAUCGGCUCGUCGCAGGCGCCUAACGGGCGGCGUGUGCCAUGCCCCCACGACGCCUACGUCAAGUACCUGCAGCUGCACCCCGAGGUGUGCGUGCGCUUCUUUCGCGAGUACAACGCGCUGCUCCUAGACGAGGCACAAGACCUUUCGGCAUGCCAAACGUCGAUUCUCCUGGGCGCACGGGGACACUGUGGCGUGAUCGUCGUCGGCGAUGUGCACCAGAAGAUCUAUGGAUUUCGCGGCGGCAGUGCGCUUGCUUUUCAUGCGCGCUUAUACCCCCCCACAGCCACGUUCCAUCUCACACAGAGCUUCCGCUUUGGCCCGGAGGUCGCAGCGAUUGCGACCAAGGUAUUGCGGCUCAAGGCGCCGCCGCCCUGGCACCAUGAGCGCGAGCACGGUCCUUGGCCGCGGCCGCGGCUCACGGGCCAUGGUGCUGAUGCUGUGCAUGUACAUGGGGCACCCAUGGGACGGCCACACACGCGCAUCUACCGUACGAAUGCCCUGCUGGCGCGCGAGAUGCUGUGGCUGGCCUCGACGCUGCCGCCCGGCACGUCGCUGUACCUCAAGACCAGUCAGACUUUGACCCAUCGCGCGAUGGUCGACCUGCUGCGCGACGGGCACAAGCUGUACCAUGGGCAGGCGGACGCGAUUCCGCAUGGCUCACCGCUGCGCGACUUUGCUGCGUGGAAAGAGCUCGAGGAGCACGUCGAAGCGGAGGAGGGCGGCGACGGAAAGCUGGGCGUGGUCCUCUCGCUCGCCGAAGCCAUUGCUGCGCCUGACUUUCUGGAGCGGCUGCGUGGCUUGGAGCAGCAGUUCGUGGCGGAUGAGCGAGACGCCUCCGUGAUCCUCACGACGGUGCACCAGGCCAAGGGGCUUGAGUGGGACUGCGUGCUGGUCGCAGACGACUUUUCUCCGGCGCUGCAGGCGCGUGCGCUAUCACUGCGGCCGCAGGUAGCGCAAUUCAGUGCGCAGGACGAGUUGAACCAUAUGUACGUGGCCCUCACGCGCGCACGUCGCGAGCUCAUUAUCCCGCCAUGCGUGUUGCAGUGGCUCGUGGCGUCCGAGGGCCUCUUCCGCUACCGCUUCACGGGCAAGAGCCGCAGCAGCGCAGCGUGUGGGCAGUGCCACGCGCGCAAAGUGUGCCUCGUGCAACUGUGCCGGCGGUAUGCGGGCACGAGUCGCUUCGAUGAUCGCGUCGACACGCUCGGCUGCUUGCGCUGCGUGCGGCAGCAGCUGGCCGACGAUGAAGACCUUGAAGACUUUGUGCGAUGGAUUGACAUGUGUGGGGUCAGCACGGCCACAGGCCAACUGAGCACGUCAGCCGUGGCGCGCACGCUGCGGCGCUACCAGGCUGCAGCGAGGCCAUCCCCCAAGCGUAUGCGCUCCGAGCGAGCGUCGACGGCUGGCGCAGCGCAUCCCGACGAGCGCGCACGCUUGGGGGACCUGGCGCGUGCCGAGCGCGCGGAGCGCUACGAGCAUUUCCUGGAGGAGCAGCCAUCGCGCGUCGAGACGUGGCUAGCGCUCAGCGUCUUGUGGAGCUCCGUGCUAUCAUAG